AUGGGCUUCGUGGCACCUUUUUCUCAGAGCGUACGCCACUGGAACCUGCAGGAAACGAAACAGCGGAGCUUACAGCGUGAACGACCUAGAGCUUCUGGGAAUCCGGUUUGGAUGCUAACGAUGAAGCGCACGCUCGUGGUCGGCGGCGGUGGACGCUUGGGGAGGCGCGUCGUCCGCACCCUCGUUGAACAGCAAGUGCCUGUACUGGUUGCUGGACGAGAUCCCGAACGGGCGGAAAGCGCAGUGCGGGCGUACUUGCGGGAGGUAGGCCUCGAGCGUCAAGGCGACCUGGCGUUCGUGGCACACGAUAUUACGGAGCCCGCUGCCGUUCAAGCCGAACAGGUAUUUCGUCAGAACGACGUCGAUGUUGUCAUAGACGUUGCCGGCCCGAGUCGUUUGACGCCACUGGAGCCGUAUACAGUUGACUAUAAGGGAAAUAGGGAGCUCAUGCGGGCGGCGAGCGCUGGACGGGGUAUCAACCACUUCAUCCUCGUAACCUCGCUCGGAACGGGUCGCUUUGGAUGGCCUGCAGCUCUUUUGAACUUGGCAUAUGGGAUUCUUUUCUGGAAGCGGCGUGCAGAGCUCUUCCUCAUCGAUCAGGUCCGACGGACAGCAAAGCGUUCUCCUGAAGGCACCGAGAGCGGUGGUAUCCGGCAGUUCACCAUUAUUCGACCUGCCGGGCUGGAGCGUGCAACGGACAACUGGGGUGAAACGCAUGCCUUGCAGAUUCGCCCGGCGGAUUCGAUCUUCGGGGGGACUGUGUCGCGCUUGCAGGUCGCUCAGGUGGCUGUCCUCGCGGCACUACAUCCCGACGCUUCUCGCAACAAGAUAUUCGAGCUAACGACCGAGCAAGGCGUGCAGCAGAUCGACCCCAUACAACAAAUGGAGAGCGUGUCAGCGCAGGUGUUGUCUUGA